AUGGAUGAUGUGGUUGUUGAUCGUAACAGCAGUCCAGAGACGUCGUCAGUUUCAUCUGAGAAUAAUAAUCGAUUCAGUAAUAUAUCAGCUACGAGUGAGGGCAACGAGUCUAUUCCUUGUUCAUCUCCACGUUCCAGUCAAGUACCGCAGUGGGCUCGAGUAGUGCUGGAUAGACGACCGAAUGUUUAUGAUACAGAAGCUUUAAGAUUAAAGAAGGGUGAAAUAAUCAAGGUUAUCAAAAUACAUCCAUCGGGUUUAUGUGAAGGUAUCUUGAAUGGUAAGAAAGGAACAUUUCCGUUCACAUAUGUGGAAUUUACUAACGAAAACGAUAAUUGUAAUACACCGCUCGCAUUUUAA